GCGCAUGCGCGCACUGCCCGGAUGUAACGGGAGGAGGCGCUGCCGCCAUCUUUGCCCGGAGAGCAGCGAGCUGAUCGUGGCUGAGCCCCCCCGCCGGACCAUCGGUCUCCAUCCGCCCCGCGCAGCCCCCGCCGCCCUCGCCCGCCGGACAUGGACGAUCGGGAAGACCUCGUCUACCAGGCCAAGCUGGCCGAGCAGGCCGAGCGCUACGAUGAAAUGGUUGAGUCGAUGAAAAAGGUGGCCGGAAUGGAUGUGGAGUUGACAGUCGAGGAGAGGAACCUGCUGUCGGUCGCCUACAAAAAUGUGAUUGGGGCGAGAAGAGCUUCUUGGAGAAUAAUCAGCAGCAUCGAACAGAAGGAGGAGAACAAGGGCGGAGAAGACAAACUGAAGAUGAUCCGGGAGUAUCGGCAAAUGGUCGAGACUGAAUUGAAACUAAUCUGUUGUGACAUUCUGGAUGUACUGGACAAACACCUCAUUCCAGCAGCCAACACUGGCGAAUCCAAGGUUUUCUAUUAUAAAAUGAAAGGGGACUACCACCGGUAUCUCGCCGAGUUUGCCACAGGGAACGACAGGAAGGAAGCCGCCGAGAACAGCCUGGUGGCUUACAAAGCGGCCAGCGACAUUGCCAUGACGGAGCUGCCUCCCACACACCCCAUCCGCCUAGGACUCGCCCUCAACUUCUCUGUUUUCUACUAUGAAAUCCUUAAUUCUCCUGACCGUGCCUGCAGGUUGGCGAAAGCGGCUUUUGAUGACGCGAUUGCAGAACUGGAUACGCUGAGCGAAGAAAGCUAUAAGGAUUCGACACUUAUCAUGCAGUUGUUACGUGACAACCUGACACUAUGGACUUCAGACAUGCAGGGUGACGGUGAAGAACAGAGUAAAGAAGCGCUGCAGGAUGUGGAGGACGAGAACCAGUGAGACAUCAAGGCCAAUAAGAGACCCCCAUCUCUGUCCCCCUUCCCCCCCCACCCCACCCACCCCCCUCCCCACCAGCCCCACUGGGAGCCCUCCGACCUGACGUUUGCGAUGGGUCCCGGCAUUUAGGUUCCUACCCUGUUGGUUUUUUUACACGGUUGAAACAGUUCUUUCAAGCAAAGGCAAGAGUGAAUUGUCUGUGGAUUUUACUGGUGCCAGCUUUCAGUUCCUUGUGAGACACUCGCCGGACUGGCUGCAUAGAGGCUUUCUCUGCGUUACUGUGUUGUCGUCUUGUCAGUGUUGGAGGUGACAUCUGGGAGCCAUUAGAAAUCUAGAGGAGACGUGUUGCCCUGUAGGGUAUGUGUGGUGGCGCGCAUAUAUAUAUAUAUUUUCCUUUUUUUUUUUUAAUAAUUGUUUAAACAAUUUUAUACCAGUGUUUAAAAAUUAAUUGGGCGUUUAGCUUGAAGUUUUCAGGUAGCAUUGGAACAGUUCUUGUAGUGGUUUUUUGCUGUAAAAGAAAAAAGAAAAACGCAAGCCCACAAAAUCUCCAACCGUGCUGAGAUGUUGCUGGGACAGAUGGUGCCGGUAGCAGCUCAACAAUCCAUUCUUGCCUUCUCUUUUACUUUCCCUCCAAGCAGGUUAGCAUUGAAGGUGGCGUGGAAAAAAGGAAAAAAAGAAAAUAAAAAGCCUGCAUGUGUGUUCAAUAUUUUUCUCUCCCUCUCCCCCCCCCCCCCGUCCCUCUUCGCUAGCUCAACCUCUUUGGUUCAGUAUGUGUAACUUGAAGCUAAUUUGUACUACUGGAUAUCUGACUGGAGCCACAGAUAACAGGAUCUGUAUUGUUCUUACUGAAACACAGCAUGGAAUUAACAUUAAACUUAAAUAAAAACAACCCUAAAUUAAAAAAACGACAACAAACCGACCGAUGCCAAAUCCUGCUGCUGCUUCUCCUCUCCUCCCCCCCCCCCCAGUAGCUGGCGAGCGAGAGGUUCAAGCAGAACAAGCCAGGUCGUGCCCGCCAAACCCCGAGAGGACUCCUGGGGGACUCCUUUUUUCUCUCACACACACCCCCACACACCCCCUUCCCCCAAGUGAGUGAAGUGUCCCGUGGCUGCUUCGAUCUCCCCGCCCUGCUUUUUGUCUGAACUGUCUCCUUGCCUUUUUUAGCUUCAUCUGGACUUUCCCCUUGGACUGAGCAGCGAGUCUGUUGGAUCAAUAAAAUGCUGUGUAAAGAUGCUGCACCUCAGACUGCUCUCUGCCGACACCCUCUCCGAAGCGGGAAGCGACAGCCGGGGCGGGGGCUAGCCCCAACCAGGCCUCCCCCCCACCCUGCAGCCGAGCGCCGCCUUGCAGAAGGCUCCCUCGGGCAUGGCCGGCGCCCACCUCCAGGGGACCUGACAUUCGGGAGCGGUCUCCAGGAGCCAGGCUCCCCAAGGGCCUCGCUCCGGAGUGGCUCCGGACUCUGCCCAGCAGGCGUGCACUCGCGCCGCCUCGGCAGAGCGAGGGAUUCCGGCGCAGGCGGGGGGCGGCGCUGCUGCUGCUCUUCGCGGAAGGGGCGGGGCCGAGGACGCGCGACGACGGGAGGAGUCGAGCCCGGAAGGGGCGGGGCUUGCGCCGGAAGGCCCGUGGUGCUGUGUCUGAGUGAGGCCUCGUCGCGGCGGAGUCAGAAGACGGCGGCGUCGGGGAGAGCAUCCCAGCAGCGUGAGACCCACCCGGAGCCCUUGGAGAUGGAGCCGCGGGGACCACCGGAGCCGGCCAAGAGGGUUGGGCUGCGACAGGACCAGACUAGCAAAGCCCUCGUGCCGGGAGGUGGCCAGCGAGAAGGCAGGCUGCCGCGUCGCCUCUCCCUCCAGCAACGUCCUGGCUCGCAACCCGCACGGUGCCGCUGUCGAGGGAGCCUCCUGGCCCGUGGACGUUUCAGGCGGCGCUGGGAUUUGGCACAGCCGCCUGGCUUCUGGGCCGGGCUUGUUGGGCCAGUGAGCCAUUGUGGAAGGGCGGGAGAUCAAUUGCACAAAUAAACGGAUGAAUGAAUGAAUCAA